AGUCUGGUCAUGAUUCAUCUCGGAAAGUAACUCAUGCUGCUGGGAAGCCGGAAGAAGCCCUUGAGUGCUGGGUGUUUGUAACAUAGCAACUGGUGGACGCCAGCAUUCUCCGGGCGUGCAUACUUCACCCGGCAAGUGGUGGAAUAAAUCGAAGGGACAUGACGGAAAUAAGGAAACGCAUAAGCAAGAACAUGCCGCUCUCUGCCUUAUCUGGCUUCAGUUUCAUUCCAGAGAGAAGAGACCACAACGAGCUAACUUACUUCGGUAACCAGAAGAAGGAAGUAUCUGUGCUGCUUUACGAUCAGGUUUUUAAAGUUCAAGAAGGGUACAAUAAUAAGACUCAUCGUGAUGAUCGUGAGCAUAGCCACCACCAAGGUCUUAAUAUCAAUGAUGAGGAAAGAGCACGAACAGUUCCAGUCUUGGCGUCAUCUUUCUACGAUGGGUGGUCAUCCAUGUACCUUAUCUGCAGCCAAUUGAGUCCCCUUGGAGCUUCCAUGACAAGCUCCCUCCAUCCCCAUUGCAUUUUCUACUUUCCCUCCAACACCCCUGGAUACCCCAGGCAGAAGGCGUGAGACAUGGGUGUCAUUGGCUGAGUCAGCACUAACUAGCUAUUCCAUAUCUUUGAGCAUUGUGUAAGGUGUAGGGGAGACUUAAUCUGAAAUAAUAUCUACAAUACUGGACACUGUACUACAGGAAGGAUGUUUAAAUGUAAAUCUUGCAGUUCAGAGAAGGUUUUUUUUUAAAAAAAUGGCAGUCCACUACUUUUCCUGAUAUCAAUAAAAUAGCUGUUCCCAGGCCUGGAUCACCCUCCAAUUCUUGACAAAGUCGGGGCCCAUGCUGUAGACUCCUUUGCUUUUUGGAACUCUGGUUGGCUAUUAUAUCAGUAAUUAUCUCUGUACUGUCAGUGAUCUCCUGGAUUUGGGAAAAUCCAUCACAGGCAAAGAGGAGAUUGAGCUUUGCUGCCAGCAAUGGCAUAUCUGUUUCAAUCCGUAUGUGGCUCUCUGCUGUUGUUGACAGCCACACUCUAAUGUGUUUCCCAAUUCUCCAGAUCUCCUAUGCCUCUCAAUAUAAAGCAGCAAAUGACUGCACCAAACUCUGUUGUUAAUCUCAUCUUUUAAUUGCUGGUUUUCCCUUCCCACUCUCCUU